AUGACAAAAAGACUCUAUGAUAAGGGUCGUAUAGACGUUAUUGUCAGGAAACGACCCCUAAAUGAAAGCGAAGUUUCUAGAGGUGAUAGAGAUAUCGUCUCCUGCAGGGGUCGCCAUGUCGUUGUGGAUGAAUUCAAGUACCGAAUUGAUGGAACGGGAUACGUGGAAAAACAUGAAUUUCGUGUCGAUAGAUUCUAUGAUGAGACCGCAGAUAACGGACUCAUUUACACUGAAUAUGUAAAACCACUCAUAGAGUAUGCGUUCAAGGAACAUAAAACAUGCUCAUGUUUUACCUAUGGACAAACUAGCAGUGGAAAAACAUACACGAUGAUAGGUUCUCGCAUGCAUAAGGCGGUUAAUCAUAAGCCAAUUCCUGGAAUAUACGAGUAUGCUGCAAAUGAUAUUUACGAUACUUUAAACAAGGCAGAAUACAAUGGAAAAAUUGAGAUUAUGAUUAGUUUUUAUGAAAUUUACUGUGGAAAGCUGUAUGAUUUGCUACAGAAUAGAAAGUUAUUAGAAGCCCUUGAUAAUGGGAAAAGGGAGGUAGUGAUUAAAGACUUGACAGUUAGACGUAUAACAUGCAGAGAGGAUUUGAUUGAGCACAUGUUGGAUGGUUUGAAUCUUAGACGUAUAGGACAAAACUCACAAAACGAUCAGUCUUCAAGGUCCCACGCUUUACUCAGAAUUGAGCUAAAAAAUAUAAAAACAUCAAAAAUACAAGGGCGUCUGAUGUUCAUUGAUUUAGCAGGUAGCGAGAGAGGAGCUGAUUCAAUAAAUCAGUGCAGACAAACCCAGAUUGAUGGUGCAGGUAUAAACCGAUCCCUUUUAGCCUUGAAGGAAUGUAUAAGGGCAAUGGACAUGGAGAAAUUACACAUACCAUUCAGAAAUAGUGAAUUAACAAAGGUCUUGCGGGAUAUCUUUAUAGGGGAUAGUAGAAAUGUAAUGAUUGCAAACGUUUGUCCUAGUAAUCUUUCCUGUGAACAAACUUUGAAUACACUAAGAUAUGCUUCGAAAGUCAAGAGCUUCAAGAACUGCAACAGUGAAAUUUUCAAACUAUCCGAGCGAGGUGGAAAAAUUUCCAAUUAUGAAUCAUUCCAGAAUAGUUUAUCAUGUCCAGAUGAAACCUUUUCAAAUAGCAAAAGUGUAGAGAACAUGGUUAUUGACGAUGAUAAAUCUGUUAUUAGUACAAAUUUUUCCACAAACCAACUUACACGUGACUCAAUUGACCAACUUCGGAAUAAUUCCACGGAUCAGGAUAUGAACUAUAUGGGAAAUGUAGAAUCCAUAGACAAUUCAUUAAUUACAACACCUAAUGAGUCCGCUGGUUUCUCAUGCGUUGCCUCAAGAAUUCCCAUAAAUACAGGGUUAUUUUGCAACAUGUACCGAGACGUUCAAAUGAGUAGUGUAAGCCAAUCUCCAAUGGGUGAUGGCACCAAAACUAAUACCGAUUUUCCUACUACUCUUAAACUUAGGACGGAACAUAAAGAUUCUUCCAAAAUGAGCCCCUAUGCUCCAAGGCUAGUAUCUUGCAACACGGAGUCAAACAAUGAAACUAUGGAUAUGCAUAAUGGGCACGAUACUUCACCAAGAACAAGACUAGUAGAAGAUGGGUUAGAAAAAAGGUUUGGACUGUUAGACAAUAGUUUUUCCGCGGAAGAUACAUACGCUAAUCCAUGUUCCAACAUGUAUGGAACUGAAAUAUCUAGAAAUACAUCACUUAAUACUGCCAUAUCUGUAGAUUUUAGAGAGGGGGAUUCCAAAACUCCAACAGGACGUGCAAACCAAUUUAACAUACCUGCAGAAAAUAUAGAUUUUGAAACGCACGGUUCUUAUCCAAACCACCCGGACUCUCGUAUCCAUGAUAUUGAAUUGAUGCUAAAAUCACAAAACACAUUGGCGAUGCGUAGCAUCCAAAAGGCAGUUAAGGCAAUGCCUCUGGAUUCAUCCAAGACCACUAUUCUUCAGUCUUUGCUUGAAAUUCAUGAUAUGGACUACUCUUGUGUCUAUACAACUCUAACUGGGAAAAGCAUAAGCUCGGUCACUAGAGAGGAUAUCAAGUACAUUGCAGAGUUACAGGGCAACAUACACAAAUCGCUCAUUCAGUGCAAUGAAAUUCACAACAAGUUAUCGCUUUUGACAUUAAAUGGCGAAUACAGUGAUGAAUCUUAUAUUAGUAACAAGGUAGAAAUGCAGUUGAAGUCUUUAUUGCUCCUAAAACAGGCUCACGAAAGGUAUACUCAAACAAGUAAGCUACUUGCAUACGUCAAGUCACUCUGCGAAGAGUAUUCUUGA